AUGUUGAAAUUAGUAGUACUUUCAGUUAUUUUAGCUCUAUGUACAGCUGAGCCCAGUGGAUUGGUUUACAGUGCACCAUUAGUAGCAGCAGUGCCCGCAGCUCGUAGUUAUAGUUAUAGAGCAGACCUAGUCAGUCAGCCUCUAGUUACUGUUCCAGUUGCCCAAAAAUUGAUAAGUUCACCCGUGGUAGCUGCUCCUGUUUUACAAAAAAUUGUGACUCCUGUAGCUACAAGCUAUAGCGCCAGAGUUGAUGCUUUGAGGAGUCCUUUAGUAGCUGCUUACCCUGCAUCACUACAUCCUUGGUAA